AACCUGCGGGUUGUGAGGAGCCCCGGCUUCCGCACCUAUUCACAUCAGAACGCUACAAGCAAUUAAGCGGCUGUGGCGGGACUAGCGCGCAGGCGCUUGGAAGCCGCUUGCACAGAUGCUCACGCAACAAUGCACACGCACGCCAGCAGCACUACGCUAGGACCUAAUACUGGUUUGGAUUUAUGUGCUGUGUCGCCCGGGCUUCGCUCGGCGAUGAUUUGCUGAGAUUGGUGGGCGAUGCCUGUUGCGGUCCCUGACUUCGCCGUACAUCGGGCGCGCACGCAUUUAGUCGCGGCUCCAAGCCGCUUGAAGCAUAGUUAUCCGUCUCACAUAAAUCGGUCAGCUUUCCACAUCGGCCAUCGCCAAGCUUCCAAGUCCCUCACGCAAGCAAGCAAGCCAGUGCGCUCAAUUUCUCCGGUCAAUUCCCGUCAACUCACCAUGGAGUCCCUCUUCACCUUCUCCUCCCAAGACUCAAUCUGGACACCGUCGAUGCUGUCGCGCUCCAGCAGCUUCACCAGCAGCCCUGUGUGGACAUGGAGCCCCGGCUCCUCAAGCUCUGAAACUCGCAGCCCGGUCAAUGGCGUGUCAAGCACCGUCAAGGCCCUGUCCGCUGAGACCCCGCGGGACGACAGCCCCCUCCUGCUCGACUCGGCCUCCUGGCGCCCGAGCCCCUGGUGCUCCUGGGCCGAGGACGUGGCGUGGGCGGAGGCUGCGGCCAAGGUGGCUCGCCUGAACCAGUCAGCACAGGCUGAGGUCGCUGAGAAGGCUGCGGCAAGCGCAGCCGAGGACGAUGUUGACAUGGGCGAGUUUGAGCUCAUGUCGUGUGUGGAGUGCUUGGGACUGUGAGUCUUAAGGAUUGAGGCACGAGGCCUAGUGGCCCGGCAUGCACAUGCCUGGGGCUGCGAGCAGGAUGAGCAGCAGAUGAGGCUGCGUUGGAGCCCAUUGCGCAGGGUGGGCAGGCGGGCUUUCUGAACCUUAAUUUGGUGCUGAGUUUCCGGCACUUACGACGCAGUAGAAGCGGGCAGGGCGCAUGUAUUAACGCCCGGGCCUGGUGUAGUGGUGGCGCUGCUGACUUGACUUGACCUCCUUACCGCCGUGCAUUCAUCGGUUGCGUGCAUUCAUGCCAAGGACAAUAGUGCGCAUUCCGCGCUGACACAACAGUGAUUGAUCGAUCAAUUUUUACCCC